UACCUUCAGCAGAGUUGAAAAAAAAAAACUGAAUCCCUUUCUUCUCCAAUCCCUCGCCCUCGCCCUCGCCCUCGCCCUCGCCUCGCCUUAGCCCUAGCUCUCGCCCUCGCCUCGCCCUAGCCCUCGCCUCGCCCUAGCCCUGUACGUUGCUCGAUCCCAAGCAAGGUAAAGGACUUGAUCUUGAUUUGCAUACUGAAUCUGUGUCGGUGAAAGAUGGCAGAGGUGAAUGGAAACAACAUGGAAGAAGAGGUGGUACUGGUAGCAGGGAAUAAUAGUAAUAAUAAUAAAAAAUAUGAUUUUAUUGAUCCUUAUGAUCCUUAUUGGGAUGGGAAACCUUACCCAACACCAAAAUCCAAGCCCGUAGACCCCUACCCAGACCCAGAUGAGCCAGAAGAUUUUGAAGAAGAUGUGUUAAUUGUUGUAAACCAACUGAAACUCACUGAUGGUUUUCAUGUUGAUUACCUUCCUAAAGGCAGAAGGCAGUGGCUUGCGUUUAACGUGCGCUCUGCUGAUGAUGAAGGGGGUUGGAAAGCAUCUCGUGCAGCAGUUGCUGAAUUUAACAGGCUCAAGGGUGCUGAUUUGAAGCUUAGCAAGGUUCUGAGUGUGUUAUCUAGGAUGGCUGCAGGAGUGCAUUACGAUUUGACGUUGCAAUGUACUGAUGGUUGCUUCUAUGAAGCUAGGAUCUUCAUGGGAAUUGGCGAUGCUAUCGAGUUAAUAACAUUUAGGCCUGCAAAACAUUGGCCAAGGCCAACAAUGAGGUAAGAAUUUAGUAGAUAAGAAGAUUGUGAAGAGGAGGAACUAGCCAAUUAGGUGGUGCUGAAACCUCAUGAACAUAGAUGGUACCAAUGAACUAGGAAGAUCGAGAAGACUUGGGGAAGAAAAUACCUUUUUUCAUUUUAUGCAAAUGGUUGCUUUUGUUAAUAAUUUUGAUUGAUUGGUUCUUUCUUAAAAAAAUUAUUAGUAUUUUAGAA